AAGUGUCAUGGCAACAUGGGAAGAACUACAUGCCUGAAGUGUGGCUCAGCCCCUGGACCUGCUCUGAGGAAUCCUAUAAAAGGGCUUGGAGAACAGAGCUCUUCAAACUGCUCUUCUUGGCUUUACCCUUGUGGCAAACUGAGCUUACUUCCAGCCAGAAAGAUGUCUUUCAAUGGACAGGUCUGCAACUAUGGCAGCUACUCAGCCAAUGAUGUGAACUGCCCUGCACCAUACGCCAAUGCCUGGAGCAGCGAGCCCUGUGUCACCUCCUGUGGGGACUCCCGUGCUGUGGUCUACCCACCACCUGUGACCAUUGUCUUCCCAGGCCCCAUCCUCAGCUCCUGCCCUCAGGAGAGCAUUGUGAGCUCCUCAUCCCCACUGGAGAUAGGCAGCUCCUUUGGGUAUGGGAGCUCCCAGAAUAUGCAGAGCUCCUUUGGUUCUGGCAUGUCCCUGGGUGGCAGGAAUUCCUAUCCCUGCUAUUCCCGCAGGUACACGACUUACCGUAGUGGGGGUUGCAGGCCCUGCUAAGCACUGCAAGGAUUCCCUGGGGAGCUGGACCCAGCAGGGACCAGAGCAAAUUCCCAGUCCAUGAGUGAGCAGAGGGACAUGGCUUUCAGAGGGGCAAUGUACCAGCCGGGCUGCAGCAGGGGUUCUGAGUAGCUGGGCACACUCAUCUACCCUGAGAAACAAACCCAGACUUUGUAUUUCCCCUCCUAUUGGAUUAGGUAUCUGCUAACAAGUCCCCAGCUCUGAGAAACAUAGAAAAGGCCUUAGCUGAAAUUCAGGCCAUUUGUAGAAGACUAAGCAUCAGUGCAAAUUAGGUCCUCUAUAUUCUGAGCUCUUGGAUGGACUGACUUCAAAACUUCUCAAAGCUCCAGGUUGAUUUUGGGAGCCACCCUUCUUCAUGUCAUCUGGGAUUAAGAAGAAAAAGAACAAAAAAGCUCCAAACAAACUGUUGUGGUGAAAACCCAACUCAUUUUUCAAACACUGCAAAUGCAGCACUGACAGAAGAUCAUCUUACAAACCGCAGCCCUCAAAGAAGACAACCACAUCUACCUUGAGCUGACCCUGCAAAAGUAUUCUGUGCUCUCUGCAUUGCUCUGUUCUGCUGCAAUGAAGUCCUUGCCCUGGUCCAAUUAAAGUUUAUAUUCCAUCACA